AGGUGUGCGCUUUGUGGGUUAGAGAUCAGAUGAAGGGACUGUCAUGGCCGGGCAAGUGAAAGCUCUUGUAGCGGCGAAGUGGUUAUCAGAAGCGGUGAAAAGUAACCGGGUCGGGCCGAGCCUGCGGGUCUUGGACGCGUCCUGGUACCUGCCCAAAGUCAAUCGUAACGCGCGCGAGGAGUUCGGAAAAUGCCACAUCCCGGGAGCCUCGUUCUUCGACAUCGACGACUGCUGCGAUAAAACCUCGCCGUUCGAUCACAUGCUGCCGACCGCCAGCGAGUUCGCGGAGUACGUGGGGAAUCUGGGCAUCGGGAACCGCACGCACGUCGUGGUUUACGACGGCAGCGACUUCGGCGCGUUCGCGGCGCCGCGCGUCUGGUGGAUGUUCCGGCUGUUCGGCCACGACUCCGUGUCCGUGCUGAACGGGGGUCUGAAGACGUGGCUGCGGGAGGGUCACCCGGUGUCCGAGCGCUACACCCCGCCGGAGCGCUGCGAGUUCCGCGCGGAGAUGAAGCCGUCCUGGGUGAAGACCUACGAGGACGUGCUGGAGAACCUGAGCAGCGGGAAGGUGCAGGUGGUGGACGCCCGAGUGGAGGGGCGGUUCCGCGGACUCGAACCAGAACCGAGAGAAGGCACAGAACCCGGCCACAUCCCUGGCACUAUUAACAUGCCCUUCCCAUCCUUCAUGGACUCAUCUGGACUGGAGCGGCCAGUAGAGGAGCUGACCGCGCUGUUUCAGCAGGCAGGAGUGGACAUGCAGAAGCAGUUCUGGAUCACCUGUGGCUCGGGUGUGACUGCCUGCCACAUUGCCCUCGCUGCUCAUCUGUGUGGGCACCCGGGGGUGUGUUUGUAUGACGGCUCGUGGUCCGAGUGGUUCGCAAAGGCUGCACCUGAACAUGUCAUCUCUGAGGGUAAAGGCAAGCAGGUAUAGUGGGCACGUUUUUGUGCCUUGUAGAUCUAGAGUGACAUACAUCGAAAGGUUUGGGCCAGGACAAUCAACACAAGACACCAUGAUCCAGGAGCAGUUUAGGAAUUCUCAUUGAAACUGUCUUACAGGGCAAAAAGGGCCAGUCAUACUGGAUAUGUUGAGAUUCAGAGAGGCAAUGAAUAAAAAUGUGCAAUUAAUUUAAAAUAGUGCUGCCAAUAAUAUUUCCAUUUAUAUUAAUACUGAUUAAAAACAAAGAGACCAGCUGUGUGACCCCAGAGGUCAUUUGUGCUAAUUGGGACCUGAGUCACUUUUACAUUGGAGAACAUUAACUGAUGAAUGAAGUGUUAUUGAAUUUAUCUUUCACUUUUUCUUCAUGACUGCAGUAUCUAGACUAGCAUCAGACUGAUGUAACUAGAAUGUACUGCACAUCCUCAGCAGUGAUUGUUAGAGUAUCACAGAGCACUGUAGGAAUAGGAGCAAAGUGUUGAAAAGGCUUUUUUAGAGUGCUCAAGUCUAGAGGAUAAUCUUUGGAGCAUCAUCAUUUAUUAAGUGACCUUCUUAAUGUUCUACAGACUGAAUGGUUAUGACAUUGUAGCAUCUGUUACUGCAAACCGUUACAAGAUCUAAUCUUGUGUAUUCCACUGUAUCAUUUCAAUAAAAUCUAAAAAAAAAUAUUAAACACUAUUUUUGACAACAAAAA